CGUCGCGCCGCGGCGCUCACGCUCUUCGAUUCCUUUUGGAAAUCUCUUUAUUCCGGGGGGAGGGUAGAACGUUCACGUUGCAACAGUCGCGAGUGGUUCAUCAGGGGGCAAGGAAAACGUCUCGGAGGAUGUGCGCGGUCUGGUGAAACUGAUGUCUUUUGAACGACGAUCGCGUCACACACGGGACGCGAGACGGAACCACGUGAAUGCCUCACGCCACUGAACCUUCCUUUCCACCGGGCGAAUUAUUCUGGACCGGCAUGGAUCCCGUGAAAGCCAAAAUGGCCCCCACAGGGAUGCCACCGGUCACCGGUGUCCUGCAACCACCCACAGGCUCGACGCUGACAGGGUCCACGAUGUCCAGCCACAAGAAAAGCUGGUGGAGAAGAGUGGCACCCUGCCUGGCCUUUCUCGCGGCUUUUUCCACCGCCAUGGCCUUGCUUCUCGUCUGGAGCGAAGCUGCGGCCUUGAGGAGGCAGGCAUUCGACGCUAACAUGACCAGGGAUUACGUGUUGAACAGCGUCUCGAUGGACAAUCCGGAAUUGGUCGCGUAUAUCAGAGAGGUACAAUUGAAACCCACGACGCAACAAGAUCCGUUGAAUGCUACCCAGACCUCGGAGGAGAGGUACGUUUCGAGCCUGACGGAGGGAAAACGCGAGGGCGUCUACGUAGAAUACAUUAGCAGGAUAGGAGCCGUUUCUAGCACGGGAUGGCUAGAGCGCAAUUCCAGCUGGAGGGGCGUUUUGAUACUGACCGAUCCUAGAAGCUUCUUCGAGGCUCACAGAAGCACCAGGAAUCAAAAGACCAGAGUCUUGCACGCUUGUCUUAGCACCGAUAAGGAUACCAAAGAGAUUACGUAUCAUCAGGAAUCUGAGGUUCAAGUUACCAAAUUAGGGGAGGGUCCGAACAGUCUGGUGUCGUCGGACGAGGGUCUGCCAACCACGAGAUUGAAGUGUUUCCCAUUGUACAGCGUUUUGCUCGCCUAUAGCGCCACCACGUUGGAUUACCUGAGCCUGGACAGUCCGGACGCCCAAGACGGCCAGGUACUCGACACGAUUCCCUGGGAGACGACGAGAAUAUCCGUCGUGUCCAUACGCUGGAGUUCUCAGCACAGCGAGACGGAAACGAGAGGUCUGAUCGAUAAGAUGACUGGCAGAAGGUACAAGCUGAUGUACACCACCGACACCGGGAAGCUGAUCUUUUUGUACAACGCGUUGCUAAAGAUUUGAACAGAAGACUCGAGCUACUUUCAACACUGGACCGUUCUACGUUCCUUGCGCGACAGUUUAUCGCGAUGGGAAACAGUUUUUCGUCGAGCAAACGAAAGACCGUUCGAUGUCGAAUCGCGGACUUUCGUUUCCCGUAGGAACAUGUUUCAUCCUCGCGCGUAAGCACGAUCGUAGAACAAGUCAAGUUUAUCGUAGAUCACGACAAGUUUCGUUUCAGUUUACAAUCGCACGGCUGGUCGAACCGUUAUCGACGAUCUAGGAACACGGAAUUCUUUCUACCUUAUCAUUAUAUUUUUUUUUUGUUAUUUUAAAUAUGCUAUCGAUUUAACGGACACAUGACA